AUGGCACGGCUACCCGAAAUUGCUCAUCCACCUGACAGCACAUCGUCAAACCUUCACAACUCCCCUCCCGUCUUCCCACGCUUGCCAAUUCCUCCAUCCUCUCACAACAUGUCUAAAACCACCUCUUCCAUGUCGCCCUUCAUUCGCUUGCCCCCUCCUCUUCAUGUCCCCCUCUCGUUUCAUUCCCCCUUCCCUUCCUCAUGCCUUCCCUCCUCUUUCAUGCCCCUCAUCCCCUCAUCCCCACCUUCUUUCAUGCCCCCUAACCACCCCACCCCCCCACCCCCUCCCCUUUCUUUUCAUGCCCCUCAUCACCCCAUGUCACCCACCUCUUUCAUGCCCCCACCCACUCAUGUCCCUAUCCCACGCGCCCCUUCUUUCAUGCCCCUCAUUACCUCAUGUCACCCACCUCCCUCAUGCCAGUGCGGGUUUCACCCUGGCCACCCCCUCGGCCUCCGUCUGGUUCUAGCAGGCUUCACCCUCGGCAUCCUCUCGGCAUCCACCUGGUUCUACGUGGUGCACCGUGUGUUUGCGCCCUUCUUCCCAGCCAUCUCCGACAGCGCGUGGGGGCGGUACCUGUGCAUCAAGGAUGACUGCCAUAUUCGCAACGUGGCUGUCUUUGAGUACCUCAACUCACAGCGAGCACGACAGGAGCUGCGAGUGGGAAAGGACAAGGGAGCGAGGGAUGAGCAGCAGAAAGCUCAGAAGGCAGAGCAGGAGGAAUUGCUGGAGAAAUCGCAGGAGAAAGUGCAGCAGGAGGAGGAGGAUGAGCAGCAGGGGGUUAAGGAGCAGCAGGGGGUUAAGGAGCAGCAGGCUGCGCAGGAGAGUGGAGGUGGUGGUUCUGCCUAG